AUGACUCUGUUUCAGUUCAUGCAUGUUGUUGUUGUUCUCAUGGGGUGUUCAUGUUUGGGUGGUUCAGGCUCUAGUACUCAUCGUCAUCAUGUUCAUGUAGCCGGGAAUGAGACGGAUCGGCUAGCCUUGCUCGUAUUCAAGGCUGAAAUAACCGGUGACCCCUUUGGGGCUCUAAACUCGUGGAAUGAAUCCAUCCACUUGUGUCAAUGGGCUGGCAUAACAUGUGGCCGACGACACCAGAGGGUGACUAAGUUGAAACUGGAUUAUCAAAAAUUGACAGGCUCAAUUUCGCCUCACAUUGGAAAUCUGAGCUUUCUUAGGGAACUGUGGUUGCGUAACAAUAGCUUCACUCAUCAAAUCCCCCCUGAACUUGGCCAUCUACGGAGACUGCAAAUACUGAGACUACUCAAUAAUUCUAUUGGUGGUGAAAUUCCCGCCAAUAUAUCUGCUUGCUCUAACCUUGCUGUCCUUCAGCUUUCUGGCAAUAGUUUGGCUGGGAAAAUUCCCAUGGAGCUUGGUUCUCUGUCUAAGCUCGAGCAAUUGUUCAUUGAAAGAAACAAUCUAACAGGUGGCCUUCCUUCUACUUUGGGAAAUAUGUCAUCCCUUGUUGUAUUCGAUGUAAGUAUCAAUAAUAUCGAUGGGAGUAUACCUGAAGCCCUGGGCCGAUUGACAAACUUAAACUAUCUUGUAUUGGCGGAGAACAAGUUGGUUGGUACUAUUCCUUCCUCAAUCUUUAAUCUCUCUUCCAUCACAGCUUUUGAUACAACAAUGAACCAAGUUCAAGGGAGACUUCCCUUAGAUCUUGGAAUUUCUUUUCCAACUCUUCAAUGGUUUUCAGCUGGAGUAAACUUGUUUACUGGAUCCAUUCCUAUUUCAAUAUCAAAUGCAACCAACCUAUAUCUCCUUGAUUUGGGAGAAAAUAAAUUUAUUGGAAGAGUGCCUCUUUUGGGAAUGAUGCACAGUCUUGGGCGGUUAAACUUUGAAGACAAUCAUCUUGGAACAGGGGAAGCUGGUGACUUGAAUUUUCUUAGCUCAUUGCCCAAUGCCACCAAUUUGAACUCUUUGACGCUGAACUCCAACAACUUUGGAGGGGUGUUGCCAGAAUCAAUUGGCAAUUUGUCCUUUCUUGGUAUCCUUUCUUUGGAAAAAAAUAAAAUAGGUGGGAGCAUCCCAAUCGAGAUGGCGAAUUUGGUCAAUUUGCAACUUUUGGACAUGUCAGACAAUCAUUGCAUCGGCAACAUUCUUGCUGAUAUUGGGAAGCUACAAAAGCUACAAAUUUUGGAUCUCUCAGGUAAUAAAUUCUAUGGGAAAAUUCCAUUGUCUUUGAAAAAUUUGACUUCACUAGGGUAUCUUUAUUUAGGAGUAAAUAACUUGCAUGGCAACAUUCCUCCAAGUCUGGGAAACUGCCCCCUUGUAGAUCUAGCUCUUGAUGGAAACAAUCUUAGUGGUACCAUACCCAAACAAGUUCUAACUCUCUCAUCAUUGUUGAACUUGUACCUACGUGAUAACCAUUUGGUUGGGUCCAUACAACUAGAAAUUGGGAAUUUAAUAAAUCUUGAACAAUUAGAUGUUUCUGGGAACAUGUUGUCUAGAAAAAUUCCAAGCACUCUUGGUAAUUGUGUAAAAUUGAGAUUUCUAUAUAUACAGAGCAAUAAUUUCUGGGGAAUCCUUCCUUCAUCUUUAAGUUAUUUGAGAGGUAUUGAGGAAUUAGAUCUUUCUCACAAUAAUUUCUCAGGAAAAAUCCCAGACUAUUUAGAGGGCUUUGUCUUCUUACAAAAAUUAGAUCUAUCAUUCAAUGAUUUUGAGGGUGCGGUACCCGAAAUAGGCAUAUUUAAAAAUGCAAUGGCCAUUUCUAUUAGGGGAAACAAGCAUCUUUGUGGUGGUAUACCUAAACUGCAUUUGCAUAGUUGCAAUACCUAG